CAACUUUAUUCCAGGGCAGGCAAGGUGCUUAAACAAGCAUCUCUGCGGUCACACUCAACACGCCCUCCAGGCACAUUCAUGCACACACACACGCGCACACACACACUCUCACACACUCAUCUGGACACAGUUCGCUUCGUGCACUCACUUUAACUCAACUCUACUUUAUUCAAUUCCAAUUUUGCAAGAAGUGAAGACAUGCCACCUGUCACUGGGUUUUGUUUGUGUAAAGAAGCUUGUUGUCUGCUCACUAUAGUUCUAAUGGUUAUCCACUGUGAACCCUGACCCUAUGAACACUGAGAGCUUGGAAACGAUGUCACUACUGCAAGUGGUGCUGGUGAACUUUCAGUACGAAUACACAACGCGUGAAGGCAGGCAUGUAUCCAUCAAGCCCAAUGAACGCUAUGUUCUGUUGGCCAAGACCAAUGACCACUGGUGGCAUGUACGCAAAGACGAGGCAACCAAGCCUUUCUUUAUCCCAGCCAAAUAUGUCACAGUGUUGCCCUCUAAAACUGAGACUACUCAACUUUCACGUGAGCAGGAUGAGCAGGAUACUCCAAAGCCAUAUUCUGAUAUAGUGCCCCCUGUGUAUUUGGAAGCGACCAUUAAAGACCAAAAAUCCAUCAGGAGAGCUAAUGAAACGAACGAACACAGGACCUCCAAAUUUGUCAUUCCAAGUGAUCAGUACAAAAACAAAUUCUUGGAGAAUGAGCCAUGGGAGGUUAAAUCAGAGCAGGGGCUUGAUCCUCGCAACUUGUACAAGGAUGCAACACAGAUGGAUAGUAGCCAAGAUGGUUUAACAAAUUCUUUUUCUCUCGUUAAAGGGGAAAGUGCAUAUGCUGUCUCCCAACCACAUAUCCCUAGUACUAACUCACAAAGAACAGCAACAGAGCCCAGUGAGUUUCAGUCAAAUGAAAAUCCUCAUAUUGACCUCAACGAUGACAUUCGAAUGCUCAUACGGGCUGGCUGGGACCCGAAAAUAUGGGACCUCAAGAAAAACUGUAUAUAUGAGUCUAUAGAGUCACUGAAAGAUUCUGUGGUUCAGGACACUAAAGACAACGAGAGGAAAGUGGGGGUAGAAUUGGCACUGGUGUCUCCAGUUUCUCCUACAUCUAUACCCUCUCCAUCUCCACAGCAGAGUCCUGGUCCUCCCCCUGACAUGCCAUGUGAAUUCACUGAGAAGGUUGAGGAUGAGGAUCUGACGGCAGUGUAUGAAAACCUGCCCAGGGCACAUCAGCGCAUCAGCAGCUUUCCCUCCGCUUCUGCUUGGGGCAUUUCAGAAUCUCCUGAACUCCAUGACACUCUCCUUCUAGGCUCCGAGGGAUGGGAGAUCCACACUGACGAGGAGACUGGAAAAGAGUACUACUAUCACCCCAGCACAGGCCGUAGCACCUGGGAUUACCCUCUUAGCUCCUCAAUGGAGUCUGAGGUGGGGGCUAAGGAUUUUCCUGUCUCCCCCACUUCAUCCCUGUCUCCAGCCUGUUCGCCCACAGAUGAAGCAAGAAGGACCUCCGGCUGGGAGAAGGUGCUAGAUGAGAGGAGUGGCAGACACUAUUUUUUUAACCCUAUCUCUGGACAGAGUUCAUGGGACCCACCGGAUGACUUGCUGACUCCUCCCCUGUCAGCCAACAGUCUGCAGGAAGGGGCACCGCCUCCCCUCCCUGAGGAAGACUACCCUGCUGAAGAAGAUAGUCCAGCAACUCUGAGGCAGGAGGAUGCUUUCUCCUUUGCUGGUUCUUCAGAAUACUCACUGGCCCACGUGAAAAAAACAGUCAUUCCCAGAGCGUGUCUAGACCGCAGUGCUCCUGCAGGCUGGACACUAAACGUUGACCCUGAUGGAGUCUGGAUCUUCACCAACGACCAUACACAGGAGCAGUGGAUCAAGUCACUAGAUGAUCGGGGACAGACAUAUUACUACCUGAAAGACGGCUCCAAGUCUGAGUGGAACUUACCUGAACAUUCUGCAGGUUUGAGACGAUUGGGAAAUGGUGGGACAGUGGGGCAGGAUGGACUUGGAAUGAUGAAAACCUGGAGGAAUAGCACAGGAUCUCAAGAUGAGAAACUUCCCUUUAGUCAUCGCAGGAAUGCUUCAGACAGCGAUAUGUCUGGCUCUCCAGAAAUGCUGCAUAAUAUGUCAAAUUUGGAGAAAGCUGGAAUCCUCAACAAGACCAAGAUAUCUGAGAACGGUAAAAAAGUACGAAAAAAUUGGGCUCAGUCAUGGACUGUUCUUCAUGGAGGGGUUCUAACAUUCCACAAGGACCCAAAGUCCACCCCAGUAGGAACAUCAAGCAAGACCAAUCAGAUUGUUCCAGAAUUCACUGUGGAUUUGAAAGGAGCAAUAAUUGGAUGGGCUGCAAAGGAGAAGUCCAGCAAAAAAAAUGUGCUGGAGCUGAAAAGUCGGGCUGGAACAGAAUUCCUGAUUCAGUAUGACACUGAAAGCAUCAUCACAGACUGGCAUAAAGUAAUAACAGACACCAUACGGCAACUUUCUCAGGACAUGGAGCCGCACCAUUCAGAUGAGGACGAGGAAGCCAGUGAAAAGUCCUCUAACACAGAAAAGGAAGACAAAUCAAGUGUAGACAAACGAAGGAUGAGCAAUGUAGGUAGACAGCUUUCCUCUAAUUCCACGUCUGAAUCAGACCCAAAGAAGGUCCGCAACAAGCUCCGCAAGUUUCUCCUCAAGCGGCCUACUUUGCAGUCAGUCAAGGAAAAAGGCUAUAUUAGAGAAAACGUGUUUGGCUGUCAUCUGCAAAAUCUCUGUGCCCAGGAGAAGACUACAGUGCCUAGCUUUGUUGUGAAGUGCAUCAGGACAGUAGAGGACAGAGGUUUGGCAGUUGAUGGAAUCUACAGAGUUAGUGGGAACUUAGCUGUUAUUCAGAAGCUACGUUUCAAGGCUGAUCAUGAGGAUCUAGAUCUGGAGGAGGGCCACUGGGACAUCCAUGUCAUUACAGGAGCCUUGAAGCUCUUUUUCAGGGAGCUACAAGAACCCCUGUUCCCUUACAGUCACUUCAACAGCUUUGUCCAGGGCAUCAAAAUUCCAGACUACAACAGCCGAGUGUCCUAUAUACGUGAUCUGGUGAAAUCUUUACCAACACAUAAUCGUGACACAAUGGAGGCACUCUUUAGCCAUUUAAGGAAAGUUAUUGAGCAUGGAGAUGAGAACAGGAUGAGUUUGCAGAAUGUGGCCAUUGUCUUCGGCCCAACGUUGCUCAAGCCUGAAAUGGAGUCAGCAAACAUAACGGCAUACAUGGUCUUCCAGAACCAGAUCAUCGAGUUCAUCCUCAGUGAAUUUGAAGCAAUCUUUCACAUGUGAACAGCUAAAAAUGCCGCACCAGUAGUAGUUAAAAGAAUCAAACAUCAUGUCAAAUAAUUUGAGAGAAUAAGAAAUAUUUAAACAAAGAAAAAAGUCAGUAAGGGUCAGCUGUUAUUAUAAAAUUUCUUGCUGUGAGCCAGGUUAGUAUUUUGGGCAUAGUAUUUCUUUAACCUAUUUAGUACUCUUGACCAUAUUAGCUGGAAGUGCCCAUAUAUUCAUUAUUAAUUUAAUGAUAGACAGUACAUUCGCCCUAAGUUGAGUUAUUUAUUAAUGAUAUUCCGGUAGCUGUACUCAGACAUAAUCAAUCUUGUGAGCAUAGUCUCAUGUAAUUCUGGUAAUGACCACUUACCUCAGAACAUGGAAUUAUUUUCCUCGUAAGUAAAUUGUGUUGUGGUUAUAACACUGUAUAAGUGUUAUAUUUACCCUUAAUAUGGAAAACUACAUUCUUCUGAGUUGGUAUGUUUCAAGCCAGUUAACUCUCGCCUGUAAUCCUACAAGUGGUUUAAGAUAUUAUAUUAUAAUUAAAAGUUUUUAGAGACUUGAGUACAGAUUGUCAUUUUUAGCAUUUUAGCUGAGGAUUGUUUCUGUUAUUUUAUGUUGUCUUUUGUCCUUUAAUACUGCCAUCUAUACUCAUCUAAGAUAUAUUACCAUAAAUGGGGGACAGUAGAUUACUUGUACAGUCUUUAGAGAUAUAAAGUUCUAUAUUUAUUAGUACAAAAGUAAAACAUCUCUCUGUAAAAUGUAUUUGCACAUACAGUUUAAUCCUUAAUGAAAUAAAGAACAUAGUUGUAAAGAUUUGUAAAGCAUUAAUAUUUUAUUAAAGAUAAGGCAUAUGUUUGUGUUUUGAUGAUGUACAUAAAGGCAUAUUUAUGCUGCUUAUAAAGAAUUUUUAAUAAAAAUAACUGUUUUACAAGUCA